AUGUUUCCACCGAGUCAGAAUUUUAAUUUGGAUGUUACUGCUAUUAGUGGGAUCUGUGGGUCGGUUUCGAUUGCUUGUUGGGUGGUCGUCUUCUCUCCUCAGAUCAUUGAGCAGUUUCGUCGCGGUUCUGCAGAUGGCUUGUCACUACAAUUCAUCAUCGUAUGGCUCCUCGGGGAUAUAUUCAAUAUCCUUGGAGCCGUAUUGCAAGGCGUAUUGCCUACUAUGAUCAUCUUGGCCAUCUACUAUACAUUAGCAGAUAUCGUUCUAUUGCUCCAAUGCUUCUAUUAUCGAGGCUUCACGUGGCAUGAUGAAGUAAUCCCACCACCAAAACCAACAGGAAACCAUUCUAAUGGUACCUCCCACCUCGGCGAGGCAAACGAGAGAACCGGCCUUCUCUCAACCACCGAGAACCGCGAGAGACGUCCAAGUGGCAUCUCCGAAACAUCAGUCCAUCCAUCUCAUCUCUCGCCCGCCGUCCCUCUUCAAUCCACCCCCUUACCACCAACCACAAAACCACACACCACCCUCCAAACAACCCUCUUCAACCUCGCCUCCAUCCUCAUGGUCAUCUCCGCCGGCGUCUUCGGCUGGUGGCUCUCCGAACGCUCUCAAUCCCCCCACAAACCGCGCAAACACCCACACGACACCGGCGUAUCCUUCAACCUCUGGGGCCAAAUCUUCGGCUACUUCUGCGCGCUCCUCUACCUCGGCUCCCGCAUCCCGCAGCUCCUCCUCAACUACCGCCGCAAGUCCACCAGCGGCGUCUCCAUGCUCUUCUUCCUCUUCGCCUGCAUCGGCAAUCUCACGUACGUGCUCUCCAUCUUCGCGUAUGAACCGCAUUGCGCGGGCCGCUAUGGGAAAUGCGCCCCUGGUGAGGCGGGACGGUUGUAUGGGAGGUAUAUUGCGGUGAAUGCGAGUUGGCUAGCCGGGAGUCUGGGCACGUUGGUGUUGGAUAUGGGGAUUUUUGUGCAGUUUUUUGUGUAUAGAGAACUAGAGGAGGGGGGUGAGGAGGAGGUGGAGAGUGUGGUUGAUGGAAGGGAGAGACCGCUGUUGGAGAGGGGUGAUUCUGCGUAUUAG